AUGUGGUCGGCCAUGGUCCAGCACGUGGCAGCGCUCGGGUCGCGGAAGACGCUCAACGUAGUUGCCUUCUCGGGCGGCGUCGACUCGUCGGUCGUCGCUGCGCUUGUUCAUGAGGCCUUUCCAACUAACAGCGUCGCCUGCCUCGGCGUCUCGGCGGCGCUGCCCUCCGAGCAGCUGGCACUCGCACGCAAGGUGGCCACGGACAUUGGCAUUCCGCUAUGGGAGACGCCGACGACCGAAGGCGCCGAUCCGCUCUACAUUGAAACAAAGGCCAGAGCUGCUACUACUGCAAGACCAACUUGUACACGACGCUCAACGACGUGGCGACGCAUGUGCACACAACGUUCGUGCUCCGCGUUGGAUGAACGUCCUUUAACCGCGAGUUUGUGUCGUAGACACCGUGGCAGUGGCCACCCCCGGCUUUUCAACGGCACGAAUGCGGACGACAAGCUCGACCCGACUCGACUCGGCCUCGUCGCCGCCUCCGAGUUUCAGGUCGUGAGCCCGCUCCAAGACCUUACGAAGAGCGACGUCCGCGCGCUCGCCAACGAACGAGGUUUGCUGAAUUGGAACUUUGCUGCGUCGCCGUGUCUUCGGUCGCGCCUCGCGUUUGGCGUCAUCGCCACAGCGGACCACCUCCAGCGUGUCGCGGCUGCCGAGGCUUUUGUCCGGUCGUUCUUGCGGCUGGCGCCACAAGAGAACCUGCGCGUGCGGUUUCUGCCGCAGAACCACGCGGCCAUCGAGCUGGAUGCGGCGCGCCACUCGGCCCUUUCAGCGACCGAGACGGCGAUCCUCGCUGCCAAAUGCGUCGAAUUAGGUUUUACAGAGACUCAUGUGCGUGCGUUCCGGAGCGGCAGCGUCUCGGGCUUUGCCUCCAACGUCCAAGUGGUCCACUCAACAAACAAGGUGGUGCAUUCGUCAACGAACCCACUCCCACACAUGCAGACGUAG